AUGCCCAGGGAUCGAUUUUUACUUAUACUGAGCAACUUACACCUCACAAACAAUGGGUGCGAGAGGACAGGCGGGCUUCGAUCCAUUAUUCAAGCAAAGCCCACAAAGUUUGGAAUCAAGCUUUACCAAGUUUGUGAGGUGAAGUCAGGUUACUGCAUUGGCUUUGAUAUCCAUACCGGCAGUACACCUUGUACACAGUAUGCUGAUGCAAUUGGAGUGAAUGAAGACUGCACUGUAACAACCAGAACAGUGAUGGGGCUACUUACAAGAUGUGGACUUUUAGACAAUGGACAUCAUGUCUACAUGGACAACUAUUACACCUCACCUGAGUUGUUCGGGAAGUUGCUACUGCACAACACCUACGCUUGUGAUACACUCAGAAAAAACAGAAAACAUGUGCCAGAAGCUCUGAAAAGAAACAUUAAGCUGAAACCUUCCCAAGUUAUUUUCCAAAGGAAUGAAGGUGAAGAAAUGCUGGCAGUCAAGUACCACAACAAACGAGAUGUGAAUAUGCUAACUACGAUUCACGAAGCCAACAUGACAGUACUCGAUAAACGCGACAGGACAACGAAUGAGUAUAUUGUGAAGCCGACUUGUAUUGUGGAAUACAUUAGUUUAAUGGGAGGAGUAGACUUGUCUGAUCAGAUGGGCCAAUACAACACUUGCCUGAGAAAGACAACAAAAUGGUAUAAGAAGUUAUUCUUCCAUCUCUUCAACCUAUGUGUUGUCAACGCCUACCUCUUGUACACCAAAUUCAACACUGAUGACAAGAAACUAAGCAGUCAUGACUUCAAGAUGGCUCCUGUUACAGCUUUGAUAAAUUAA